AUGGAGCUGGCGAUGGAGAACCUGGGCAGCCUGCACGGCGUCCCGCACUCGCAGCCCGCCGAGCUGCUGAGCCCGGCUCACGGGCGGCAGGGCUCGCACCGCAACCUGGUCCCGCACGGCCGGCCCGCCAUGGUCUCGGGGAUGGCUUCCAUCCUGGAAGGGGGCGACUACCGCGCCGAGCACAGCCUGGCCGCCCCGCUGCACCCCGCCAUGAGCAUGUCCUGCGAGUCACCCUCCGGCAUGAGCCUGAGCAGCACCUACACCACGCUGACCCCCCUGCAGCACCUGCCGCCCAUCUCCACCGUCUCGGAGAAGUUCCACCACCCUCACCAUCACCAUCAUCACCAUCACCCGCACCAACGCCUGGCCGGUAACGUGAGCGGCAGCUUCACCCUCAUGCGCGACGAGCGGAGCCUGGCCUCCAUGGGCAACCUCUACAGCCACUACCCCAAGGACAUGCCGGCCAUGGGGCAGCCCCUCUCGCCGCUACCCAACGGGCUGGGCAGCCUGCACAACGCCCAGCAGCCGCUGGCCCCCUACGGCCCUGGUGGCCACUUGCCCAACGAGAAGAUGCUCUCGCCCAACGGCUUCGACUCGCACGCCGCGAUGUUGUCCCGGGGCGAGGAGCACCUGGCGCGGGGGCUAGCGGCCCCCAGCUCGGCCAUGAUGCCACCGCUCAACGGGAUGCACCCGCACGGCCACCCGCACGCCCAGCCUGGUGGCUCCCUCCUGGGCGAGCGAGAUCGCCAGGCCUCGGCCACCGGUUCCCAGCCCGGUGGCUCUGGGCAGGUGGAGGAGAUCAACACCAAGGAGGUGGCUCAGAGGAUCACGGCCGAGCUGAAGCGUUACAGCAUCCCGCAGGCUAUCUUCGCCCAGAGGAUCUUGUGCCGAUCCCAGGGGACCCUCUCGGACCUGCUGCGGAACCCCAAGCCCUGGAGUAAGCUCAAGUCGGGCCGGGAGACUUUCCGCAGGAUGUGGAAAUGGUUGCAGGAGCCGGAAUUUCAGAGGAUGUCGGCGCUCAGGCUGGCAGCUUGCAAACGCAAAGAGCAAGAGCAGCAGAAAGACAGGAGCCUGCAGCCCAAGAAGCAGCGGCUGGUCUUCACGGACCUCCAGCGCCGCACCCUGAUCGCCAUCUUCAAGGAGAACAAGCGCCCAUCCAAGGAGAUGCAGAUGACCAUCUCGCAGCAGCUGGGCUUGGAGCUCAACACCGUCAGCAACUUCUUCAUGAAUGCCCGCCGGCGGUGUAUGAACCGCUGGCAGGAGGAGCCAGGCGCCAACCCCGGAGUCCCCUCUUCUUCUACAAGCACUUUCUCCAAAGCAUGA